CUAAAGUGAAGGAAGAGAUUGACCUUGUGAUUGGCAGGCACCGCAGCCCCUGCAUGCAGGACAGGAGCCAAAUGCCCUACACAGAUGCUGUUAUGCAUGAGAUCCAGAGAUACAUUGAUCUCCUACCAAUGAACGUGCCCCAUGCAGUGACCCAUGACAUUAAGUUCAGAGACUACAUAAUUCCCAAGGGCACAACCAUAUUGACAUCACUGACAUCUGUGCUGCAUGACCCCAAGGAAUUCCCCAAUCCAGACAAGUUUGACCCUGGCCACUUUUUGGACGAAAGUGGUAACUUUAAGAAAAGUAACUACUUUAUGCCUUUCUCAGCAGGGAAACGGAUUUGUGUUGGAGAAGGCCUGGCCCGCAUGGAGCUGUUUUUAUUCCUAACCACCAUUUUACAGAACUUCAACCUAAAACCUCUAGUGGAUCCACAGGACCUCGAUACCACUCCUGUUCUGAAUGGGCUUGCCUCUUUGCCACCAGCAUAUAAGCUCUGCUUCAUUCCAGUGUAAAGAAGAGCUCUGCUGUCUGGCUCCAGCUGUGCAGCAAUCUGCAGUUCCCUCCUCUGAGCCAUCACUCAU